CCAGGAUUCAAAUAGGUGGGCACCUAUGGGUCACUAAUAACAGAGCUGAAACUAGGGUCUCCCUUGGUGAUUCUCUACCCAUCUUCCUUCCCCAUAGAAAGCUGCUUCAUGCAGCAGAAGAUAGAGGGUCCCGUCACCCUGAACAGACGAAUGGAGGAAGCCUGCAAACCUGGAGUGGAUUAUGUGUAUAAAACCAGGCUUGUUAGAAUUCAACAAGUGGAUAGUUCUGACUACUACAUCAUGGAAAUUGUGGAACUCAUUAAGGCAGGGACUGAUGAAGAUCCACAAGGAAAAACCCGCCCAUUCAUCAGCCACAUAAAAUGCAGGAAGUCUCUGAGGCUGGAGCGUAACAAAGACUACUUGAUCUGGGGACUCCGCACCGACUUGUGGCCCAGGAAAGCUGAGCUAUCCUACAUCAUUGGCAAGGACACCUGGAUCGAGAAGUGGCCCAACGAGGACGAAUGCCGGAAGCCGGAUUUCCAGAACCUCUGCCAGGAAUUCCUUGAGUUCUCUGAAGCCAUGACCAUGUUUGGCUGCCCAACCUAAACUUGGACCCAGCUUUCCCAGCAGCCCCAAGGGGACAGUUUGAGCUAAGAUGGAGCAUAACACUCAGGUGGAGACAUCUCCACUCAGAGUCCCAAUGCUGCUGACACUCGCCACUAGCCCUGU